AUGGCAGUGAACAAGGCGAAGGAGGUCGUAUCCACCAAUUCCGUGGUGGUUUCCGACAAGGCGAAGGAGCUCGUAUCCACCAAUUCCGUGGUGGUUUUCAGCAAGACAUACUGUCCCUUCUGCGUAUCAGUGAAGCAGCUUUUGGACCAAUUAGGAGCAAAAUACAAGGCUGUAGAGUUGGAUACCGAGAAGGAUGGAGCUGACAUGCAAUCAGCUUUGUUUGAGUGGACUGGACAACGUACCGUGCCAAAUGUUUUCAUCGGUGGCAACCACAUUGGCGGCUGUGACUCAACCAAAGCCCUGCACAACGAGGGAAAGCUGGUUCCUCUUCUAACUGAUGCUGGAGCUGUUGCCCAAGCUUCUGCUUAA